UUCUACAGUCGUAACCCGGAAGGAGAACCCCUUGUGUUGUUGGUUUCCGGACGCCGAUUGCUAGUGUGAGGCCGAGGCCACGAAUUAUGCGGUGAGGAGACCCCAGCGGGGGUGGCGUCUGAUGCAGAACAAUGGAUGAUGAAGAGAAUCAAGACCAUCUAAUAAACAGGAAUACCUCACAUGGCAAAAACCGCCGCCAAGGACUCUUUGCAUCCAGCGAUGAUGAGUCUGAAGAAUCAGGGAGUGAAGAUGAGGAGGAGGACCUUGAUGAAGAGGAAGGUGAAGAGGAGGAGGGAUCUGAUUCAGAGGAAGAGGAUGACGAAGAUGAAGAAGAGCCGUCAUUGGAAAGCUCAGGACCUGCUCUUUGUGCAGCAGAUAUAAAUGAUGGUCUGAGCUCGGAUGAGGAAAGAGAGAACUGUCCCAUCUGUCUGAAUGGCUUCAGAGAUCAGGUGGUGGGAACCCCAGAAAACUGCAACCAUUACUUCUGCCUGGACUGCAUUGUAGAGUGGUCUAAGAAUGCCAAUUCCUGCCCUGUGGACAGAAUCACUUUUUCCUGCAUUCAUAUUCGGGCGCAUUAUGGUGGCGAGAUCCUAAAAAAGGUCCCUAUACAAAACAAAAAUGUGAUAGUAGUGGAGGAGGACCCAACAAACUGUGAGGUUUGUGGACGCAGUGACCGUGAAGACAGACUGCUGCUUUGUGAUGGCUGUGACGCUGGGUACCACAUGGAAUGUCUGAUCCCGGCUCUCAAUGCUGUUCCUGUCGAUGAAUGGUUCUGUCCAGAGUGUGCUGCUACUAAUCAGCCAGAUCAUGAUCACGUAAGUGAAGAAGAGGUGGCCAGCUUGCUUGCCGAUGUGAUUCCCACCACAAGCCGGCUCAGGACCAAUAUUGUAAGGACUCGAGCCAUCGCACGUACCAGGCAGAGUGAGAGGGUGAGGGCCAGUGUCAACAGGAUCCGCACAACAGCACGCAAUACACAGAAUGUUCCCAGAUAUUUGUUGUCAUCUCUCCUCGAUGAAACCAUUGAAACAGUUGUGGCUGGACUAAACACUGCUGUCUACACACGUAAUCUCACCCCUCGUCCUGCAUCUACUAGAAGGAGAAGGAAAGUCGGAAAAAGGGGUCAGUCCAAAGUGUCGAAAGGGAGUCGUUGUGUGGGGAAAAGGCGAAAGCGGCGGGUCAAGAAACGGAAGGGGCGGAGGCAAACUAAUAGGAAAGUUCCGACUUCUCAUAGGCGCAUAGCUAAAUCCUUGGGUAUUUGCAGUCCGACUCGAGGGACAACAUUACCUCGUAUACAGAGGGCAUCUGAGCAAACACUUGGCUCCAUGAGAGGUGACAUUGGAGCUGCCUUGCUGUCUGUAUUUGGAAAUCCAAAUGACCUAGAUCCGUUCGACAGUAAUGAGGAUAAUGAUAGUAGUCUGUCGUCUCCGCUUACUGCAAAGAGAAGGAUCCUGUCUCGUUCUGCCUUAAGGUCCCAUCAACCUGUUGCAAGACCGAUCUCUGUGGGGCUGUCACGAGGCGGCGUGGCUCCCGUUCACGACUCUGUGGCAGUAGCAGAACCUGUGCCAGAUCUUCUGGGAAGCAUCCUGUCUGGACAGAGCAUGCUGAUGAUGAAAAGCUCAGAUAUCGUCAUUAGUCGAGAUGGAUCUUUAAUAGCUAAGAAAGCUGGUAAUGCAACGUCACAGAGAAAAACAUCUAGAGAAGCUGCAACACCAGCAGACAUAAUGGAACAAAGCCCGUCUCACUCAGGGUCCCCAACAACCACAUCCCCUAACACAUGGAAGCCCAUUGAACAGCAGCCACCUCAACCCAGUUUUCCUUCAGCUGGUCUUUAUUCUUUAUCACCGUCACCACAUUCAUCUUCUAGCAGCUUAGAUGGCCUAUCUGGGCACAGUUCUUCAGUAUCUGGAGGACCUACUUUCAGACUAAAAAAUGCUUUCACACCAAGGGCUGUCCAGGUGCAUUCUUCUGUUAGCCGCUCAACAUCUAAAUCUGGGGAGGCUUCACGCUUCAAUGGGGGUUUUCACAAACGAGAACUGCCCAGCAAGAAUGAUCUUGCACAACAGAAGAAAGCAGAGAACAAGUAUGCUCCCAAGCCACCAGAACUAAGACUGGACAUUUCGGAAUUUCCCCGGAUACCAAAGAUCAAAAGGGAAACGGACUACAGCCCUAACAAUGAAGUCAGUAAGCGACUGGAAACCUCAACCAACAAGAGCUCAGAAAAUAAUCCUUCAGGACCCGUCAUGAACCAACUAACUGGUCGAGGAGACAGUAAGCAGUUAGGCAGGUUUUCUACAGGAGAAAACACGGAAAGAAACACCAGACAAGAAUCACAAGCACAUUCAAGAAACACUGGUGGUACAGCAUCAAGCAGUAACAAAUCAUCAACUUAUUCCAACAGUUCAAGGAACAUUGGCUCCUCAGACUCUGGAGGAGGUGGGCUUCGUAUAACAAUUAGUGGAGGUUCCACUAAUUCCUGCAGACAGUUUAGUCCGGUUUCAAAAGAUCCUUUUCGUAAUUCAGAUGGCAAAACCCCACAAAAGACCCCACCUCCUUAUUCUACAUCAAUCAAGAAAGAAAAAACUGUUAAAAAUGAAAUAUAUGAUCCUUUUGAACCAACAGGUUCAGAUUCAGGUUCCCCCAUUAGCAGCCCAGAAAGGCCAGCUACACCUCCUCCGCCCCCUUUACCUGUAGAAACUACUCCUACUACUACUUCUACUAAUACAAGUACAGGUCACUCUGGUGGAGUAAAAGUCGGAGCAUUUCGCAGCUUUAAAUUCACCAGCCACUCAAGCAAAGUGAGUGUUUCUAAGCUGGGCCCGGACUUUUCUGGAAUGUCGCCUACCAAUAAAGAGCCGGAAGAAUCUACAAGCCAAGUUAAUGCAAGCCCUACCCUUCCUUCUUUCCUAAAGUUGGAAAAGGAAAUCAAGAAGGAAGUAAUUGAGGAAGAGACAAAUGAGCAUCCACCCUUUAGAAUAUCUUGUCCGUUAGGACUAAAAAUUACUUCUGACCUCAAGGCAGGAGGCACUCGUGGAUUUCAUUUUGACAUAGAAGAGGAACACCCUGUAGUUUCCAUUAAACCUGAUCCAGAUGUUCUUCCUAACAGGACUUCUCUUCAAAGUACAUCAACAACAAGCAGUAGGCUAGUUUGGGAUGCAGAAAACCCACAUGAGCCUAAAAGCCGUACCAGUGAAACCCAAAAGAAGAAGAUAACCAUUAAGGAGGAGGUGAAAGCAAGCUCAAGUUCAACAACGAGACCACAUUCUCGAGAAAGAGAUUCAAGAUCUGCGUCGCUGUCCAAUGAGGACAAAGAUAGAGAGAGAAAAUACAAGUCCAAAUCACACAAGGCAAAAAGAGCACGUAGUGACAGAUCGAGUUCGGGAAGCUGUGAACGUUCUAAAAAAAAGCGGCAAAAAGAAAGGAAGAAAGAGAAGAAAAGAAAACGAUCAGAGUCUAGGGAAAGGAGGAGGUCCAGAUCAAGCAGUCAUAGCAGUUCUUCCCACAGAGCAUACAACAGCAAGAAGAAGAAGAAAAAGAAGAGGGAUUCAAGAAGUGAGUCACCAGGCUAUUCCAUCAGUCCUGAUAAGGAAAGAAAACGGAAACACAAAAGCGAAAAGACUUACUCCAGCAAGGAAUUAAGCUUCAAGGCAAAGGAGAGAAAAAAGUCGAAGGAAGAUCGUGGAAAGCAAAGAUCGAUGUCUCCACAAAUCAGCAAGGAGAUCAAAGUUCAGAAGCCAAAAGACAAAACCUAUUUUCGAGACUCCGAAAUAACCAGACAUAUUGUGCUAUCCCCAAAUAACAAUGAAAAGACUAUAACAUGUACAGUUAGCUUUAAAACAGAGUCUCCCACAAUUACCCAAGAGACAAAAAAGUCUGUGCUCGGCCUACUAAAAGAGGAAGAGGAAGAUGAAAUUGACCCUUUCCUUUAUUCUGAAAGGAAGGUUUCCAUUAAAGAUGAAUCGCCUUCAGAAUUUUCUGAUCACUCAUUUGAUGAAAAAAUAAAGCUUGAGGCCGAUAGUCCGCCAUGGUCACCAUCUCUUCUGGAUUCUUUGCUCCCGGAAACCAAGAUUGAGGAUGUCCCAGAGCCUCCUUCACCCCUGGAUGCUUCUCCUGUAAAUGACUUGCAUUCUGGUUCAUUAGUUGCUAGUCCUCAGAAUUCUCCACUGUCUACUCCAUCAGAUGUACCAAGUCCUAAGUCGUCUAGUCCACAUGAUGGUUCUCUUGAAGAAGCUGUUCAGUCGGCCUCUGUUUCGCCAGUCAAAAAGGAGCCAGAUGACCUUCAGUGGUCUCCGUCACAUUUAGAUGACCUCCUGCUAAACGAACUUUCAGAUGAUGAUGUAUGCUCGGUGGAUGCAGACAGCCCUGAUGAUGUUGACCUCGAAGAAGCUAUAUUGAUGAAGCGGGAAGGUGACUAUGAGGAGCCGACUAUAAUUAACUUCUCCAAAACGGCAGUCAUUCCAUUUCUUCAGGAUAAUGAAAAUUCAGUGGAAACAGAGGCUGGAAAUCACAUUAAUGAAAAGACCUCAAAAAGUAAGGAUUCAGAAGAAAGGAAGUCUGAUGAGCUUAAAGAAAAAGAACCCACUUCCAUCUCUAAAUCUAAACCUCAGAUAAAGAGAGUGACAUGGAACCUUCAGGACAAAGCGUCUGAGAAGGAAACCCCAGACGAAUCUCUGUCCUCCCCUUUGUACAACACUCAGCAGGAUGAAUCUUGGUCACCGUCAGAGGAGCAUACAGAUGCUAAAGUAUCCAGUGAUGAGCCUGACCCCUCUAGCGAGACAUCCACUUCAGUUACCUGGACUUUGCCUGAGAAAGCCACACAAGAGUCUGGGCAGGAGUCCGUGAGUGAGGCUUCAUGGAAUGCUGGCAACAAAUUACUGACGCACAUCGGGAUGAAGUCUGACGACAAACCUAUGGUUCAUACAGUGGACAAGCAUACUGUACAAGCUCCAGACAGACCAGAGAAAGAUGCCAGUCAAGUCCCUUGGAUUGCAAAAGAUAGGCCCCUUCAGGUGUUCCCACAAACCCUGCCUCCGUUACCCCUCCCACCAAUCUUUCCUCCCUACGCCCAUUUGAGUGAGCCCACAGUGCCAUGUGUGGUUCAGAUCAGUCGAACAGUCCUCAGCCAGACCCCAAAACCUGGCAAUCUAGCUACAACUAAUGAACCAAAAAUUAAAGCGGCAAGCACAGGUGAAGUGAAGGGGAAAUCAAAACUGAAAAAAGAAGAGAAAGAUAAAAAUGAUGAGUACAUGAAGAAACUUCACAUACAGGAACGAGCAGUCGAAGAAGUCAAGCUGGCCAUUAAACCAUAUUACCAGAAGAGGGAGAUUACAAAGGAGGAAUACAAGGAUAUCCUACGCAAAGCAGUGCAGAAGAUCUGUCACAGCAAAAGUGGAGAAAUCAAUCCAGUUAAAGUGGUGAACCUGGUGAAAGGCUAUGUGGACAGGUACAAACAUAUUAGGAACAAGAGUAAGAAAUCAGGAGAGGAUCAUGACUCACCGGUAUGAAGAAACUAUUUUCAGAUAUGAGACAAUAUAGACAUUGUAGAUUGCUAGAUGUCACAGUGGAGAUUACCUACGGUGGAGGACUUGUAUAAUAGGAAGACUCUGGACACUGUCCAUCUCUCAUGACACAGUGUUUUUGUUUUCACUGAUGAACUCAUCUUGGAAUUUAAUUUGAUGGUUUUGUUGCCAUACACUGAACACCAGUCUGCCCGACCGUCAUGUGACGCUUCACAGUGGCCCAUCUCUGCCAAGGCACCAAGGAGGUCCUGAGCGACGGCUUCCCAAUACCUUGGCAGCAAGACUGGAAUUACUGUGGAGGCUGUUGUCAUUUCCCCUACAAAUUCUCACUGCUACAGAGGUAUAUACAGAAGGAGGAAUUCAUAACAACUAUUUUUGAUGGCUGUGGAUACACUUUUUAUUGCCAAAGGAGGAACCAAGAAGGGGACCCAGUGCUUUAUAUUCAGAGCGAUGGAAGAAAAUGUUCUGGAAAAAAGUUUUUGUCCUUUGACAAAGUAAUAUGUAUAAAGGACAGUUUAUAAAUUUAAUUUUAAUUGUU